AUGACAAAUUCUAGGGUUCAUGCCAUUGAUUCUCUCAAACCUCAAUCUUUAUUACAUUUAGAAUCUCCAGAUCAAAUUUGUGAGAAUCAGUUAGUUGUUUGUAAAACAGCCUUAAAUAUUAAAUCCAUUCUCAAAAAAUAAGAAAAAUAGUAGACAGAGAAGAAAUAACUAUAAUUUAAAGAUGAUCUAAAUAAAAUUUAUGUGGUUGAAAAUUGGAAGAUUUAUAAUACCCCAUUUGAAGAGGAGGACAGUUGCUGUUGUUAAAUAUCAUGA